UUUAACCUUAAAAAAAAAUUAUCAAGACCACGAAAAUUGUGAAAAAGUUCAAGUUUGAUUUUUAAAAGAAAAUUACUCAAACUGAAGUGGUUUGUUUUGAAAUAAUAGUACCAUAAGUUGACACAGAAAAAUUGUAAAAUGGAUUUAUUUUAUGUAAAAAGAUAUGAAGGGGAACAGGAAAUAACAAAAGAUGAAGAAAACAGCAAGCUAAAUCAGUUGGUUCAGAAAAUCGAAAAGAAAAAGCGUCAAAGGAAAAGGGAAAGAAAUAAAAAAUUAUUAGAGACAAUUACGAAUACUACACUUCGUAGAAAAAUAAAAAGAGAAACUAAAUCACAAAUUGUUAAUGUACCAGAAAAUGACAUAACAGAAUUUAUCGAUGUUAAAGAAGUAAAUCCACAGAAUGAAAAUGAUAAUUCCGAAGAAUCUAUUCCAAAGAGUAAAAAAUUUAAAAGUGAACUUCCAUUAAAUGUUGAAGGUUUUACAAUACUUGGUGCUAACAAUACUUUGAAGAAAGAAAAAGUACAAAGGGUACUCCCUAAAUGGCUUGCGGAACCCUGUGUUAUUUCAACAAAUUUAAAAGAGUUGCAAACGAAAGUUUCUUCAAUGAAGUCACUUGAUAAGGAAUUGAGGAAAAAACUGGCAGAAAAUGGCAUGAAGUAUUUGUUCCCUGUUCAGGCAGAGGUAAUACCUUGGCUAUUAAAAAAUUGCAAUGAUUCAAGUGUAACACAACAAAGAGAUAUUUGUGUUUCUGCUCCAACAGGUAGCGGGAAAACUUUAGCUUUUGCCUUACCUGUGAUUCAAUCACUUAAGAGGUAUUUCAAUAAAAAAAUUCGUGCGUUGGUAGUGUUACCUACUCAAGAUUUAGCCUUACAAGUGUUUAAAACAUUCAAGAAGUAUUGUGAAAACACAACUGUAAAUGUACACUUAAUUACCAGAGGAAAUACACUUGCUUCAGAACAAAAAAUGUUAAUGAGUGGACCAGAUAUAGUGGUAUGUACUGCAGGAAGAUUGGUAAAUCAUCUCAAGUGUACCAAAAAUUUGGACUUACAGAACCUUAAAUUUCUAGUAAUUGAUGAGGCCGAUAGAGUUUUAGAUAAUAUUCAAAAUGACUGGCUCGAUCAGCUGGAAAAUCAUCUACAACAAAAAGAUUCUGAUGUUUCCAACACCAACACACAGAAAAAGAGACCUCCUCAAAAAUUAUUAUUCUCUGCCACAUUAUCCCAGGAUCCAGAAAAACUCCAAAAAAUUGCUCUUUUCAGACCAAAACUAUUCACAUCUGUUGUUGAAGGGACAACAGAAAAGCCAGAUUCGGAGCAAAAAGCAAACGAUAGCUUUAUAGGAAAAUAUACUACACCAAAAGAACUUUCAGAAAAGUAUAUUGUUUGUCCCAUGGAUAUUAAACCUUUAGUUUUGUACAAAUAUAUUAAAACUUCGGCAUUGACAAAAACUUUAGUUUUCACAAACUCAAUCAAUGAAGCACAUAGAUUAUGUAUUUUACUGAACAGGCUUUUCAAAAAUGAACUAAAAAUUGUGGAAAUGAGUUCCCAUUUGGAUAUGAAAAGUCGUAAGGAAUUAAUAUUGCAAUUUACCAAAGGAAAUGUAGAUGUAAUAAUAUGUACAGACUCAUUAGCGAGAGGUAUAGACUUGCCAGGAAUUGAGUAUGUGUUUUCUUAUUCAGCACCAAAGCAUUUGAAAACAUAUAUUCAUAGAGCUGGAAGAACUGCCAGAGCAGGUUCUUUAGGAACGGCAGUAACAUUACUGCAUACCACACAAGUGGGCCAUUUCAAGUCGUUACUUGAACAUGCUGAAAAAACCAACAUUGAAGAGGUUAAACUGCCUAUUGAUGACCUGGAGUCAUUGGGAAAUACAUACAAAGAAGCAUUAGCAGAAUUGAAGAGAAUGCUAACAAAAGAAGAGGAAGAUCAUAUGAAGAGACUCAAAAAUACAAAACAAUUGAAAAGGAAAAGGAAUUCUGUCAAUUCUAAUUAAUGAAUAAUUAUUAUUAAUGUUGUACAUACAUUAUUAAAUUGUUUACUGUACAAAUAUUCAAUUCAGAACUCUUUGUAGAUAUUCUAAUAAACAAGUUUUUUAUUUUA